GUGUUUCGAUAGUACCACAGAACUCAACGCAAGGGUCGAGUGUGAAAGUGUCCGAGAAAAAGAACUUGCGGGAAUUAUGGGAGUAUGUUGACAAUUGUUUUCCGGUGCCCCGGGCAUGGCUUUGGAAUUAUCACAUUAGUUACGCCAGUGUCGAGUAGGGGCUCGGACGUGUUGGACAAAAUACGUGAUCAAUGUUGCUACGCUUCUUGGAAUACUACGUUUGUGGUGACGUCGUUGGGGUACCGUACCGCUGACAAGCGUGCGGUCACAGGCAAGGGAAGAGCGCCGUGUUCUCAGCUCGCCACGAGGAGGAGUAGCCGGCUUAAGGAGGAUACAGGUGGCGACGGCGGUGUAGACAAUGACGGCGAGGAGGAAGCGGAGGAGGACGGAAAGGAUCAGGUGGAGGAGGAGGAGGAAGAGAAGGAACAGGAGAAGGAGGACGAGGAGGUGAACGAGAAGAUGCAACACAAAGAAGAAGAGGAGACGGAGGAGAAGGCGAAGCAGCACGAGGACGAAAAGAGAGAAGAGAGGGAUGAAGAGGAGGAGGAGAAGGAGGAGAAAGAGAAGGAGCAGGAGGACGAAGAGAGGGACGAAGAGGAGAUGGAGGAGAAGGAGGAGAAUGAGGAGGGCACCAGUACCGAGGACGACAGGGUGAAACAGGAGGCCACGUCCGCCAACAUCGUGCAGAACCUCUUGAUCGAGGUGCCCGCUCGGCAACGCUCGAGGGUGCUCGAGAACAUCGUCACCUACUACUCGAAGGGCUCGCACGCCGUUGUGAUCACCGGUUCCAAGGCAGAGUGCGACGAGCUUGCCGACGGGAGAACUUUCAAGACUCUCACGUCUCAAACCAUCAAGGGUUUCCUUACCAAGGGAGUUAAGGUUCUGGUGGUUUCCGACGUGGACGCCCGCGGUAUCGAUAUGUCAGACAUCGACCUGGUCGUCCAUUACCGCCCUCCUCGCGACGCUGGCGUCAUUUUGAGAGAAAACUACCCCUAGGGGUAUUAAAGGCCACUUUCAUCUUUGGUUGAUUUCGUACGUUUGAAAGCAUUUCAAGACCCAAGAUUUGGUGGGCAUGCGUAAAAUACAAUGUUGUUGUUGUUGUUGUCUUCACAUUAAACCGUAUGUCAGUUGCUAAUUGCCAAAAUCUAGCGACGACUCUCAGCCCGUGGUCACGAAAGUGCUAGAGCCAUCUGAGGAUCGAAACAACACGCACACAUAUAACGAGAAAAAGGUAUCCAAGAGCCCGAAGAGGUACACCUAAAAAUCCCUGCAGCACCGUAUGCGUGCCCAAAAACUGAACUGCACGUCCGUCCAACCGUUCGGCUACAGUAGCAUCACCCCCUCCCUGUCCCACUCUAGACCAAAACGGAAGAUUGCCGACUACAGCAUACUGCUGUCUGAAGUGCUGUCUG